GUUAGAGAAAUACUUUAAUUUUCUGUAUUUUUAUUUUAGGGAUUUUAGUAUUUAUACCUCUAAGAAUAAUAUUUCGAUUUCUACAGAUUAGUAUAAGAACCAUAAAUACAGUCAAUAUGCAUUACUGAAAUAUAGAAUUUGCAACUUAUUGAUUGUGAUAAUAUUCUUUGUUAAACAUUGCAUAUAUAUAUUACGGAAUAUUGAUAGGCAUCAUGUAAAUAAUUAUCUACCUCGAGGAGAAACACAAAUCAUUUAAUUAUUAAUGUUAUUACAGGGCAUGACCAAUAAUGGAAAAUACUGAUAAUAAACUCUACUCUAAAGAAUGUGCACAAAUCAGAAUUGAGUGUUAUACUUGUUAGAAACAGAGAUAGUUCAUAGAAGUUCCCUGUAAAAUAUUGGAUUAUCAAAUUUAUUUUUAGUAUAUAAAUGGGUCAAAAUGGUUCUUAUACCGUAUUGUAACAAUGACUAAAAUGUACCUAAUAGUAAAGGACCGCACUUCACUUCUAAAAUGCAUGACUUUAUAUUGGAAAGGUUAUCUGGUACCUACGCAGUUUAGUGUUUCUAGUUUCUGUUCCUAUGUACUAUGUAUAAUUUUCUCUCUCUAACUUGAUAUAUGAUCGUCAUGAGCGAGGAGAUAGGGGUAGCAUAUGACUUGGUGGUAAGCCUAGCCUCGUGUAUGUUCGGUGGGUUUCGUUGAAAAUCAACUUCUGUACGAACAGUGUACAGCAGCCGUCUGAAUUGGACUGACUAGUCGCCCUGUCGCAACACACACUUUCCUUACGGCAGUUGCCGCCGGUACCUCGGUGCGGAGAGAAGUUAUAAAGUGUAUCCUCUCCAUAUCGCGCGACUCAGCCGCUUUUGUUGUAAACAAAUCACAGUCAAUUGAAAGAAACACGCAUCUUGUUCAAUGAAAAUGCUGCUUAUAAAGAUCAAAAAUAAAUAUGUUAUUGACAAUAAAUCUAUACGACCGGUUGCCGUGAAUUAUACAUAGACUCCAAGGUGGAUUCGAAUGAACAAUUCUGUAUGGUGUACAUUGAAUUUUGGGGUUUAGUGAAAGGAACUUGUUAUUAUUAAAGUGUUCCAAGUGCUGGCUGUUACGAACUGUGCAGAGCUAAUGUAGUAAUUAUUAGUAUUGCAGCAUAAGAAGUUACUGUACUGGAACUAUGAGUGCACCUGAGCCUGUAGUUGAGGUUAUUCUCAAUGAACGCUGCUAGCAAAGUAUCCAAGUCAAGGUGUUUUGCUACGUUGAUUGUUCAUGAUCCCAUUACUUUAAGCGAAUAGGAUGCCGGCACUCCGGCUUCUGGGGCGAAAAUGGCUAGCAGCCUCGGACGACCUCGUGUUCCCCAGCAUCUUCGAACUUCUAUUCCGAUUUGUAUGGUUGGUCCUGAUCGCACUUGUGGUGGAAGUCUUAUAUCCAGUGAUGUGGCAAUGUCGAUCAGAUGGAUGGCUUGGGAAAGCAUUUGUACAGCUAUACUUAUGUGGCACAUUGGCCCUACAAGCUGUGCUGUUGCUGCUGCUAGCUACUCUGGCGCAACAGUCCGCUAGAGGGACCAUAACAGACAUCGACGCCAGGAAGUUCGUCUCACCAUUAGUACUUAUCAAAGUACUGUUGGUGUUACCAGAAAUAGCUCUGAACUGCAUGGGAAGCAUGUGGAUGUUCUGCGAUGUAAUUGAAUGUACAGUCACUGAUAGAUUUUCUAGCAUAGUUAUACAGAGUAUCGUGCUCUUUAAUUGGGUACAAUUAGCCCUCACAAUAUUUGGAUUAUUCAUGGUAUUUGACCCCUUAGGGUCAGUAAGUUAUGGAGACAUGCAAGACACUCCUAAUCAAGUUCGACAUCACAAGAAGGUAACAGGAUUGUGGUCAAGAAGAUUUCGUUGGGCAUUUUGUUGGUUAAAACGGGAUGAGCAUGGAAAAGAAGCCUUUCAACAGGUCGCUGCUCUCCUCAGCGCCCUCUUCAGGUCAACAGAUCUUGUGCCAUCAGAUGUAGUCGCUGGCUGCGUACUACUCCGGGUUAGACAAAAGAGAGAAACUAGAGAAAUGCGUCGAAUUCAAAUGCUCAAUGAUGAGGAGCCUAUUUACACAACAGAUGUUAAUAAAAUUUUCUCAGAAACUCCGCCUUGGAUGAACUUGGAGGAUGCUUUACAUUAUUUAAGGCUAUCUAUAGCGGCUUAUGGUUGGCCGUAUGUUUUAUAUCGACACUGCUUCACUGGUUUCUGUAAGCUGGCACGUCAUCUAACUUGUUGUUGUUGCCGACCAAAGAACUCAAUAGUAACAGACGACAACUGCUGCAUGUGCAAUUUCGCCGGCGUCAAAUAUAUGUCCAAGUUGGCUGCUGAUGACAUCAUCUUCGCGUCAUUCAACAAUCGUGUCUUUGAGUUACCGUUCUGCGUGAUAGCGGAUCAUGAUCGCGAAAGUAUCGUGGUAGCCGUGCGAGGGUCUAUCUCUCUACGAGAUAUCUUCACGGAUUUCACCGCCGGUUCCGAAAAGUUUGAAGCCGAUGGACUACCUGAAGAUACAGCAGCGCAUAAAGGAAUGGCAAUGGGCGCAGCAAAAAUGUUAAAACGUUUAUUACCAGUGCUGGAUCGAGCCUUCCAGCAGUACUCACAUUACGACCUAAUACUGACAGGCCAUAGUCUCGGUGCUGGAGUUGCAGUACUGGUGGCUCUGAAAUUAAGACCACGAUAUCCACAUCUCAAAGUGUACGCAUUUUCAACGCCAGCGGGCUUGAUAAGUCGCGAAGCAGCAAGAUUUACAGAGAGCUUUGUGCUCACGGUUGGCGUUGGUGAUGACCUGGUGAUGCGACUAAGUGUUCACAGUAUAGAGAAUCUACGUACAAAAGUUAUACAAACAAUACACGCUACUAAGUUGCCAAAAUACCGGAUAAUGCUUAACGGCUUCGGAUAUGCCUUAUUCGGCGUUCCUGCCCGCGAUCUCGAGUCCACCUGGAGAAGGCCAGAGGAUCUUGAAGCUAAUCACUCUGAUGACUCGACAGACGCCCUCCUCGUGCAAAGCGUCUCCACCGAGGCUGCGCUUGUAUCUCGCAACGUGUUUGCGCGGCGAUUUUCAUCUGCACGUCUGUAUACGGCUGGCCGUAUCCUACACAUCGUCCGCCGUAAGAGGAUGGGCAUUGAAAAAAAAGUACGUACACAUGAACCAACGUUCGAGAUGCGGUGGGCGUGUGCUGAGGACUUCAUGGAACUGCAAGUAAUGCCGCGAAUGCUUCUUGAUCACCUUCCAGAGAACGUUCACCGCACCAUACAGACAGUCAUUGAAGAGAGGCACACGUACAGACCCACUCACAUUGUCUAAUCAUAUUAGAAAACUAAAUGCGGAACAAGGAAAUAGAAAACUAUUAAAUAUUUGGAAACCAUAGAGCGAAGUAACAACAAGAUAUAAUGAUAUAUUUAUUUUGAUUCACAGAAAGGUACUUUCAAUACUUGGAACCGAAACCUAGUAAAUGUACUGAAUUUGGUUAAGAAAUAAAAUUGGACACUUUAUAUUAGUAUGUUGUAACAAAUUAAAAAAAAAAAUUGAUGGUGUUCUUACGUUAACUAUUACCACAUAAGUAUAAGAUAGUAUUAAAUAUAAUACUUUCUGGUUACACUAUAACCGUUCGUCUUUUGGUAAGAUCUUACUG